GAAAAACAGACCAACGAGGGAAAAGCGGGGGAAAGGGAGCGGAGUCUGGCACCGACCGCGCAUGUUGUCAGGAGGAAAUGGUAUGCAGCUCGGGCUGGGCUGUUCCUCUCUCUGCCCUGUAGCUAUCGUCUCAUCUGCUGUCAUUUACACAGACAACAGCUCGUUUUGAACCGGAACACCGGGCUCCGAAGCACGUAUUGUGGAAGUAUUUGCUCCACCCGGUAUGCCCCAGCGGUACAGCUAACACGGUUCACGGCUGACGAUGGCUUCCGUACGGAUGGUCGGCAAAGUUACAGCGAGACUUUUGGGAAGUAUUCAGCCUCUUCACUGCGGUCUCAAAACUACUCGUCCGGUUACAUUUCUCCAUCAGGUUGGGCAGAGGCCUCCCCUUCUUGGAACUUCUCGAGCUCUUUUCUACAGCACACUCCCACCCUCCAGUGAUGUGUCCUUGAAGUACAAAUAUGGUCGUUUGGUUCUGGAGGUCCCGUUGCCCUCCAGGAGUGAGAAGUGUCUGUUCUUCCUCAGGCCCAUGCUGAUGAGUGUAGGAGACCUGAUCACAGAUCUGCAGAGGGAGGACCCUGGAGCCACUGCCUCCAUUCUCUCCAAGGAUGGAGAGCGUGUAGCCAACACCACGCUGAUAGACGCUCUGCUGGAUAAGGACUUCCAGCUCGUCAUCAAUGAUGCGGUUUAUAAUGUCUGCGCUCCUGAAAAGGUGGGUACAUCCAGCGAGCAUGCCAUGGGGCUGGAGGACAUGAAGCAUGUUGUUCAUCUGCUCCACACAGCGCUCCACCUGCCGGAACACCACCUGCUGAAAGAGAGGCAGCUGCUGGAGAGACUGGACAACCUCAAACAGGAGCUGUCACCUCUGGAGAAGAUGAAGGCUCAGCUGGGCCGCACAGCAGAGUUCCACACGUCCAGAGUAGUCUGGACAGGCAUGGCCCUGUUGUCUGUGCAGGGUGGGGCUCUGGCCUGGCUCACCUGGUGGGUGUAUUCGUGGGACGUCAUGGAGCCCGUCACUUACUUCAUCACCUACGCAACCAGCAUUGGAGCCUUCGCCUACUAUGUCCUUACCAAACAGGAUUAUGUAUACCCAGAUGUUAAAGACAGACAGUUCCUGCGUUACUUUUAUAAAGGGGCCAGCAAGAAGAAAUUCAACGUGACAAAAUACAAUGAGCUGAAGGAUGAACUGUUUCAGGUGGAGGAGGAUCUUAGACGUCUGAGAAACCCAACUCAGCUUCAGCUGCCACUUGAACAGAUCCAGCUAAAGCCAUGAACGAAGCCAAGCCACGGACAACGGUCACAAACACUUACACGCUCCAAAGCAAAAACAAUUUUCCUGCUUUGUUUUGAUAACAGCACCUUUUUACCAGGAAUCCAUAUCAUUCUGUGUUUUGUUUACAGUCUUGAUGAUGAUGCCAAUUAAACUUUGAGAACAGUACAGAUAGCGAGGACUGUUGAAAUAAAAAGUACUUAUCAAAUACUGGGAGAACAUCCCGUCU